CCUUGCGUAACUUGGUUUACGAUAAUGCACGUGACAUGUCAUGCAUGUGAUGAACGUGAAAUGCUCGCCACAAGCUGACACAGGAGCGUUGGCCAUCUUUGACCUGUCCGCACUGUCCGCAAUUGCUGCUGGGCUGAGUGUUCACACCGUCGCCUAAUUCUCAAGAAGUUGCAGGAGUUGGACCGGCCAGCGUUAUGGGAAGCCCAGAGGAGGCCAAGCCACUACUUAGUGACGAGUCCCAAGCAACAUGCUACUUCCAUAGCAGUGACGCUUCAUCCGCAAACGGUGAUGGCGUUCACCCCUGCACUAUGGACAUUGCGCUACAAGGCAAUGAUGAAGACACAUCCAACCCAGGAACGAUCGAUAUUCCGGAGACUGAAGGGACUAAAUUCAGCUUCCGUAAGUUGUGGGCCUUCACUGGGCCAGGGUUUCUGAUGAGUAUAGCCUAUCUGGAUCCUGGUAACAUUGAGUCGGAUCUGCAGUCUGGUGCAAUUGCAGAAUACAAACUUCUGUGGGUGUUGUGGUGGUCUACAGUUCUUGGUCUGGUCCUGCAGCUGUUAGCAGCAAGAUUAGGCAAUGCAACGGGUCGUCACAUGGCAGAGAUAUGCUAUCAGGAAUAUCCCACCUUCCCUCGUGUCCUACUAUGGAUCAUGAUGGAGAUUGCUAUCAUAGGAUCGGACAUUCAAGAAGUGAUUGGUUCAGCGAUAGCGAUCAAUCUCCUCUCCAACAACUUGAUUCCUAUUUGGGCAGGUUGUCUGAUCACCGGUGUUGACACGUUCACAUUCCUGCUUCUUGAGAACGCUGGUCUGAGGAAGUUGGAAGCGUUCUUUGGAGUUCUUUUGAUGACCAUGGGAAUCUCGUUUCUCUAUAUGUACAUCACGGUGAAGCCAGACCAAGUGGCUAUCCUAGAAGGCAUAGCUAUCCCAUGGUGCUCCAAUUGUAGCUCGGCGGCCAUACAGCAAGCUGUGGGCAUUGUGGGAGCUGUCAUUAUGCCUCACAAUAUCUACCUGCAUUCUGCUCUAGUAUUGUCCCGCAAAGUGCUCCACAAAAGGAAAGACAAAGUGAGAGAGGCGAAUAAGUACUACUCCAUUGAAUCAGCCAUCGCGUUGUUCAUGUCGUUCCUGAUCAACCUGUUUGUGGUAGCGGUGUUUGCGUCCGCAUUCUACGGCAAACCUAACCCCAGUCUCAAAGCUGCUGGUGGUUGGAUUCAAGACAGAUAUGGUGAAGUCUUGAAAAUUAUCUGGGGUGUCGGCUUGCUAGCUGCAGGUCAAAGUUCAACUAUGACGGGAACUUAUGCUGGACAAUUUGUUAUGGAGGGCUUUUUGAAGAUUCGUUGGCCCAAAUGGCGUCGCGUCUUACUGACCCGUUCCAUCGCCAUCGUGCCCACUAUAUUUGUGUCGGUGUUUGCCGUGGGGACGCUGGACGUCUUGGAUAACCUCCUGAAUGUCCUCCAGAGUAUACAGCUGCCGUUUGCGUUGAUUCCUGUCCUUCAUUUCACCAGCAGCACACGAAUCAUGGGAGACUUCAAGAACGGCAGAAUCACCAAAUUUGUUGUAUGGUGUUUGGGCAUUUCUGUCAUGGGCAUCAAUUUUUAUCUGGUUUAUCAAGAGAUAGAGGAUACCCCAGCCUGGGUUUACGUGGUCGUCAGUCUGGUUGGUGCCGUGUAUGCAUUCUUUGUUGGCUAUUUGGCAAUUGGGACUAAAAAUGUCUACAGAAUAAAGUACCGUCUACUAAGUUGGCUGAAGCGUACGCCAGAGGUCAGCGUUGGUGAAUGGACGUCAAGCAGGCCAAUAUAUGCACAGACACUGGCUGUUGAAGGCUGCUGUGAAGCGACAGUAGAAACCUAUACCCCUAUCACCCAACCCUCCGCUCCGCCGCUCUACAUGAUCUAAGCCAUGAUGGCCUUGGCACAAGGCUACCGUUACUGGGACGCUACAAAGCUUGCUUCACCUUUCGUGACCCGUUCGGAGCUCUUACUAACCGAUGGGCGAUGAGCGCUCAGGCAUGGAAGCAUGCCAGUAAUAGCUACCACAAUUGUCACCUUGAUCUCAAAAUGGGAUUGGUGUGUACCGGUAUAUGUUAAGCAGUUGCUGCUGCUUUGCACAUGUUCAUGAAGAAUUUGUUAAAGGGAAGAUACAACAUUUGCAAACAUCAACAAAACGAAAUGAUCAAAUUAUUACGAAAUACCGUACUAGAUUGUUAGGGAAUGACAGUCUAAAU